AUGACUUAUCGAGAUAUUAGUAAUCUAUGUGAGAUGGCUCGAGUUCUUUCCUAUCCACGUUUAAUUUCGAUGGAAAAUUUUCGUCAACCAAAUUUUCGUCUUGUUGCUGAAUUAAUGACUUGGCUUGUUAAACAAUAUGAUCCACAAGCUGAUAUUCCACAUGAUAUUGAAGGUGAACAAGAUCGUGUUAUGUUUAUUCGUACUAUUGCUCAAACUAUUGCUACUAAAGCACAUAUGAAAUUAAAUACAAAGAAACUUUAUCAAGCUGAUGGCUAUGCUGUUAAAGAAAUUCUUAAAGUUAUAACACCACUUUAUAAAGCUUUACGUGAUAGUGAAAAUAAAGAUUUAGAUGAUGAAGAUGAUAUUGAUUAUCAAUAUCGUUAUGCCAUAAAUGAUGAUAUGAGUACACUUAGAAAUGCUCGUUUACUUUGCUCAACAAUAACACAAAAAGGUGCUAAUUUACAUGAAUUAUUAGGAAAAGAAGUUGAUGCACGAGAAGCACGACAAGAAGUAAUAAAUCGAGCUAUGGAAUUAUCUGAAGUUCAAGAAGGCAUACACGAAGCUGAAAAUGCAGCUAAACGUGAAUUCAUAAAAUAUGAUAAAUUAAUAAAUAAUGUUCAAAUUGAUGAAGUAGCACUUGAUGAAAAAAUAGCUAAACGUAUGGAAGAAAUUAAUCGUCAUCAACGACGACUUGAAAUGUUAAGGAGUGUCAGUGACGAAGAAUCGGAAGAUGAUGAAGAUAUGGAACACUCAUCGGUACCUCGAGGAAAUAAAUUAGAAAAUGGUGCAGGAGGCCAGACUUACGGCGGUAUGACAGAUGAUUUAAGUGAUAAUGAAGAUCAAAUGCAAAUGGGUCGAGGAGUCGGUGGAGCUGGUAUGGACGAUGCAGAUGAUGAUUUAGGUAUGGAGAUGGAUCCUAGACGAGGAAAUAGUGGUGUUCAUCAAAGAGGAACCAUGAGCGGACAACCAAGUGCAAGUAAUGAACAACGACGACAACGACAGCAACCACAACAACGAGCACCAUAUACUGAAGAUGAUGAUUUUUAA